GAAAAGCAAAGUUUGGCUUUAGCAUGUGAACUUAGGGCUUCAAGAACCUAUACGACCUACGAAACUAAAAAGUCAUCCUCUCCCUCUCUCACGCUCUCUAUAUCACACAUACACUCUCUCUCUCUCUCUUUCUCUCACACACACACUUUUGCUUUUCUAUAGUGCAUUCUCUCUCCAAUAAUCACAAACCAUAAUCCACUCGAGCGAAAGGUCGAGGGGAUCUCACUUCAAUUCUUCAUUUCUUGAGGAGAGAGAGAAGAUUGACGAUGGAGAAAAAAAGUUGCAGUCCAAGAACAAAUACACUCGUACUGAGUAUCCGUAUAGUUGUGUGUAUGUGGAUGUGGGGGUUUCUUCCUCUCUUUUGAAGUUGCCCUUUCUCUGUCUUUCUGUAGAUGGGUACUGCCAUAGGAAGCGCUACAGUUGAGAAAAGUUUUCAACUAGAAAAGCCAAAUUAAGCGACAGCAGCAGCAGUAAGUAGCAGUCACGUAUGGCGUAGAACCUCUCUCUCUCUCUCUACACCCAUCUUUAUCUUUAUUUCUCGCUGUCUCAAAAAUCUUCUCUUCUGCUCAAAAGAAUUUCAGUGACCCCACUCUUUUUUUUCUUUUUUUCUACACUCUCUUAGAUUUUUCAAGAUUUAGAUACAGUAAGACCUCAACCCUUCUGCCCUUGACAGAGACGUUCAUCAAUUCGUAGGUCGAUGUAAGUUUCUGUUUAAUUUAAUCUGCAGCUGUGGCUACGGCUCGGCGGCUGCCGUCCGAUUCCGGCGCCUUCGCGGAUUGGGUGGCUUCAUCUUCCGCCUCAGCUGGGGACCUAUCUCUAAGUUUCAAUGCGGGCCCCGCCGGCGGAAGCGCCGCCCCGGCCGCCGCUGGAAUGUGGCCUUCCCCUGCGCGGCCCCACAUCAAUUGCGGCCUCCCCCCGGAGUUCUUCUUCGUCGCGCCGGCUUCUUCUUUCCACCACCACCCGGAGGCCGUCACCGCCGCCUCCACCAUCAAUUUCGACCCUCAUUCCCUCAACGCCUCCAGUGCCAUCGGCGUCAUCCCUCUCCUCACUGCUGCACCUUGUAUGGCUUCGGAUGAGGAUUUGUUCAACCGUCGCGGUGGCGGCGGCAGCGGCAGCGGCAGCGGAAUGCAGCUGUGGCAGCAUCAUCAGCAGGGACAGAAUUCUCCAGCUUACUUGAUCAAACCCAUGACUGUCGAGCAUCCGAAUCUCCUCCAAAGCGGCGGUGGCGGUGGUGGUGGGGCUUCCUCCUCCGCCGCCGGCACCACCACCUGCCAAGACUGCGGGAACCAAGCGAAGAAAGACUGCCCACACAGAAGAUGCAGAACCUGCUGCAAAAGUAGGGGUUACGAUUGCACCACCCACCUCAAAAGCACCUGGGUCCCGGCCGCGCGCCGCCGCGAGAGGCAGCUCCUGGCCACCAGCGGCGCCACUGCGGGGUCCUCCCAGUCCACUUCCGGUACCAAGAAACCCAGACUCGGCGGUGCGUCGCAGACCACCACCGCAUCCCACACGUCCACCUCCAACACCACUCAGGCGAGAAGCUUCGACACCACUUCUAGCCAUCAAGAUGCAGGUUUCAAGGAGUCAUUGCCGGGGCAAGUGCGUGCGCCGGCGGUGUUCAAGUGUGUGAGAGUGACGGCGGUGGACGACGGCGAGGAUCAGUACGCGUAUCAGGCGGUGGUGAAAAUAGGCGGUCAUGUUUUCAAAGGGUUUCUAUAUGAUCAAGGAGUUGAAGGAAGAGACGGACUCCCAAAUCUCGCCGAAUUGCAUUUAGGCGGCGGAAGAAAUGGGGCUUCGUCAUCACCACCGCCGCCAGUUCUUGAUCAUGCUUCCGAUAUAUACGGUGGCACAUCUGGUGGUGGCUUUCUGGGUGGAUCAACUAACUAUGGUAACCCGAUCAACUGAUUUUUACUCUAAUUACUAUGUUUACCAUUGCUGGUAAUUGAAUACUUUUUACAAAUUAUAAUUAUUACUUCUUCCGUCUCACUAAAAA